AGUAUAUCAUAUGUUUUGCCAUUCUCUCCAUCUAAAUUUUUUUGUUUGCCAACUAAAAUCUCCAAAAACAUCUAAAUUUUCUGCGCUCCUAAUUAAAAUUUUUCAUUCUUUAAAAAAAAAAUGUUUAGUUGGUGAAGUUGUGGAAAGAGAUCAGCAAUAAUGGGAAACUCAUCGAUUACAGUUGAAGCUAGACAUCGGUUAUCUUCUUCUAUUGAAGACAUAUACAAAAGAAAGAUACAAAAAAGUAAAGUAAAAGGUGGAGAAAAAGCAUUGCAAUGCUGCAAGUUUCCAUUACUAAAACUUACUCUUCUCGUCAUUAUUUGCGGCACUAUUAUAACUCUUUUGCAUUCACCAGAGGCUGACCAUCUAUCUCAUUCGGGUUCCAGGUGGAUAUGGGGAGGAUCAGAUUCACGGUACAUAUCGGAUGUAGAUAUAAAUUGGGACGAUGUUAUGGAAGUUAUAGAAAAGCUCGAUGAACACAAUGGCUAUCAGAGAAUCGGACUUUUGAACUUCAAUAAGAGCGAAAUCACUUACUGGAAACAUCUUUUGCCUGACUCAACGCACCAUCAACUUCGGCUCGACUAUGCUGAUAGAAAUAUCACAUGGGAGUCCUUGUACCCUGAAUGGAUCGACGAAGAAGAAGAGGAGGAAGUUCCGGUCUGCCCAUCUCUACCAAAAGUUGAUGUUCCUCGAAAACGAUUUGAUUUAAUUGCGGUAAAGCUUCCUUGCAGAGAUGGACCGAACUGGUCAAGAGACGUUGCUCGCUUGCAUUUGCAAGUUGCAGCUGCAAAUCUUGCUGCUUCUGCCAAAGGAUUUUAUCCUCUUCAUUUGCUUUUUGUUACCGAAAGAUUUCCGAUACCCAAUCUGUUUCCUUGCAAACAACUAGUUGCUAGACAAGGAAAUGUUUGGUUGUAUAAACCAGAUUUGCAUCUUCUCAGAGACAAACUUCAGCUUCCAUUAGGCUCUUGUCAACUUGCACUUCCUCUCAGCGAAAAAGAACCGUUUUAUGCAGGGAAUCCGCGGAGAGAAGCGUAUGCAACAAUUCUUCAUUCUGCUCAUGUUUAUGUCUGCGGAGCAAUCGCAGCAGCACAGAGCAUCCGAUUGUCAGGUUCAACCAGGGACCUUGUUAUACUUGUCGACGAGUCCAUCAGUGUCUACCACAAAAGCGGACUUGAAUCUGCAGGAUGGAAAAUCAGGAUCAUUCAGAGGAUCAGGAACCCGAAAGCAGAGAAAGACGCAUAUAACGAAUGGAAUUACAGCAAGUUUCGGCUAUGGCAGCUCACGGAUUAUGACAAAAUCAUUUUCAUCGAUGCAGAUUUACUAAUACUCAGGAACAUCGAUUUUUUAUUUGGCAUGCCAGAAAUUUCUGCAACAGGAAAUAAUGCUACUCUUUUUAACUCGGGAGUGAUGGUUAUCGAGCCUUCGAAUUGCACGUUCAAUCUGUUGAUGGAACAUAUUAAUGAAAUCGAAUCGUACAAUGGCGGAGAUCAAGGCUAUCUGAAUGAAAUUUUUACAUGGUGGCAUCGAAUUCCGAAACACAUGAAUUUCUUGAAACAUUUCUGGAUUGGCGACGAAGAAGAAGUCAAGCAAAAGAAAAUCCGUCUUUUCGGGUCUGAACCUCCGGUUCUCUACGUCCUACACUAUCUUGGCGUAAAGCCAUGGCUGUGUUUCCGCGAUUAUGAUUGCAAUUGGAAUGUCGAUUUCUUUCAAGAAUUCGCAAGCGAUAUUGCUCAUGAAAGAUGGUGGAAAGUUCAUGACUCAAUGCCGCAGCAUCUGCAUCAGUUUUGCCAGUUGCAAUCGAAGCAAAAGGCGCAACUAGAAUGGGACAGAAUGCAAGCUGAAAAGGCGAAUUACACCGACGGGCAUUGGAAGAUUAAAGUUACGGAUACGAGGUUGAAGAAAUGCGUCGAUAAUUUAUGUUCAUGGAAGAGUAUGUUACGACACUGGGGCGAAACGAAUUGGACCGAUGCGGAUCAAAUUUUCAAUCCAACACCACCUGCUAUUUCUAAAGCAUCUUUGUCUGCCUUGUGAGUUCUUCUCACUGUAAAUCAUGCAAAAUUCAGAUAUGGCUUCGGAUACAUUUUCUCUUUUGGUUGUAAUUAAAAUAUUUUUUUGUUGUUUUAAUGAUAUUUUGAAGCAUAAGAGUGUUUUAGACUGGGUUGUGUUUUUGGAAAUAGAUAUCAUUAUUAUUUUUUGAUCA